AUGAAAUGCACAUGUUUUCUUUUGUUUUUUAAAAAAAUAAUAUCAUCUUAUCUUAAUAUACAUGAAGGAAAUAUUCUUAAUGAUUCAAUGAAGUCCCCAUCGGAGGAUAAAAAGCGUAAAGAUAAUGAUGAAAAGAUUCAAAAAAGAGUAAAUAAAAAGUUAAAAAUCGAGAAUAAAAUUAUAAUGGCUGUUGACCUAGAUAAAGGUAGAUUAGAUCCGGAAAGUGAAAAGUUAGCAAUAAAAGAGUUACAAAAUUUUGAUGAUGCUACUAAUGAAAAAUUGGAACAAAACAAAGCUAUAGAACACGUUGGCAUGUAUGAUAAUACCAUAAGUACAAUGGUUGAUAAUCACAAUGGCUCAAUGAAUUUUUACAAGAAUAAUUCAACAAAUUCUGAUUCUACAGAACCUUUAGAUUUAAGUUGUAAAUCUAAAUAUAAUAUUGUUUGUUCGGGUUCAAAUGCACCAUCAUUUGGUGGUGCAGUUGUUUAUAAUUUUAUCCGAACAGAUGAUAUAGAUAAAAAAGUAGAUUUUAAUCUUCUUGAAUCUUCAAAAAAUAUUAUAAAUGCUAAUGUUAAACAACAGUCUCAGAAUACUUGUGUUGAUACAAACACAAGCGAGGUAUUUGUGUAUCCAACUGUGCUGUCUCAUCCCGACUGUACACAUUCAUAUUUUACACAACCUUGCACUACAAUUUGUUACGAUGAUCAAGAACUUAUAAAGUUACUUAACAAACUUGAAAAAAACUUUUUUAAUUUAAAGCAAGC